AUGGAUCUGACCUUGCCGCUACCGGUUGCUGUUACUUUUGAUCCCCGGGGUUUUAAUCAAGGGGCAGCCGAGCCCACGGAGCCAGCCUUGGACCCUUGCAGUCUCCUUUCAGAAAGGCACUAUGAAGUGGUGCCCUGCGUGGUUUGUGCUCUCUGCUGCAUUUUUGGAGUGGCUUACUGCUGUUUUGGCUAUCGGUGUUUCAAGGCCAUCAUGUUCCUCUCCGGUCUCCUCUUUGGCUCCGCUGUGAUCUUUCUGCUUUGCUAUAAGGAGCGUAUCUUGGACACCCAGCUCAGCUUGGAGGUCAGCGCCGGCAUUGCCCUGGGCAUCGGAGUCUUGUGUGGCUUGGUUACUAUGCUGGUGCACUCUGUGGGGUUGUUUCUGACAGGGCUUCUGCUUGGCUUGCUGGUGGCCACAGCUGGGCUGGUAGCCACCGAGCCUUUCUACAAGCUGCCCAACGGGUGGAUCCCUGCUGGGUCCCUGCUGGGCUUGUCCCUCUUAGGUGCUGUCUUGGCACUGCGCUGGCAGAAGGUCCUCACGGUGAUCUCCACAGCGGUGUUUGGGGCUGCUGUUCUGACUCUCUGCUUGGACUACACGGUGGAGAACCUGGCUUUGGGCCACCAUGUCUAUGACCGCCUCCGUCUGGCCCCUUCCUCCCUGCUCUGCUGGUGUGGCUGGGCAGUGCUGGCUACCUGGCCUGCCCUUGCCUUGAUGGGCAUCCUGCUGCAGUGGAAAGUGACUGCUGAAGGUUUCUCGCACACAGACGUGGUCCUGAAUCGGCGCCAGAAGCAAUUACAACUCUUACGGAUUCGACAGCGGGAAGCCAAAAAGAGGCAGUGCCAAGUUCCACAAGAAGGCUCCUACCGGCACAAGGCUGGUGCCAUCAAACGCUGCACCGGAGAUGUCCUCGCACCAAGUUACAUCCAGAGCCUGCGGGACCGUCAGCACUUGGGAACUGGCACCUCCUUGAGCAACCUCAGCACAAGCGCUCAUACCACGGUGGACCUGGAUUAUGACUCUGGCUCUACCGUGCCCCUCACCACGCCACAAGGUUGCCUCUGA